AUGGAUUUUCUCAAGUCGGCAGUAGCGUCGGCUAUUGCGAAAUCGAGUUCGUUCCCGUAUUCCAUCGGCGACCGGAUAGACAACAGCGACUCGAUAUGGACUCUUCACAACGCCACUAAGAAGGAGGAUAACUUGCCAUGCUGUGUUUUCACCUUCGAGAUCAACGCCAACAAGUCACGGCUACCCCUUGCCAAAAAUGCCGCUCGCAAACUACGCACGCUUCGACAUCCAGGCGUUAUCAAGACUCUCGACGUUAUAGAGACCGAAACUACAAUAUACAUUGUCACAGAACGAGUCACACCUUUGAGCUGGCACGUGAAGAGAAAGAGCUUGAGCGUGGAGACAGUCAAAUGGGGCCUCCACGGUGUAGCCACGACGCUCAGGUUCAUCAAUACCGAUGCCUCGUCUGUACACGGUGGCGUGCGUGUGGGAUCUAUCUUCACCAAUGAGGCUGGCGAGUGGAAGCUGGGCGGUUUCGAAGUGCUCAGCUCUGUGAAUGAGGACGAUGCCGUCAUCUAUAACUACGGCAGCCUGGUACCAGACGCCAACAGAUACUGCCCACCCGAGAUUGCAGCCAAUGGAUGGAGUGUGAUCAAGAAGCAUCCACUGUUUGCGGCAGACGCAUACGGACUUGGAACCCUGGUCUACGAAGCAUUCAACGGCUUCUUUCCUGGCACCGAUCAGCUCGCGCAAACGAAGAGCAUUCCAGCCACCAUCGCUCCCAGCUACAAGCGUUUGAUCAACGCCAAUCCAAAAAUGCGAUUGAGUCCAGCUCAUUUCCUCGAACAGGGGAAGAAGACAGGCAGUUUCUUCCAGACUCCACUCAUUCAUAUCACAGAGAGUGCUGACAACCUAGGUCUCAUGAAUCAUGAAGAACGAGAUGACUUUCUCGAAGAGCUUGACAAGCUCUCGGACGACUUUCCGGAAGACUUCUUCAAAUCCAAAAUUCUCCCCGAGCUAUUGAAGUCAGUCGAGUUUGGAGGCGGCGGGCCUAGCGUGCUCAGUGCGAUCAUGAAGAUCAGUCAGAAGAUGACAGAUGAUGAGUUCGAGACCAGGCUGGCUCCUGUACUCUUGCGUCUCUUCCAAGUACCCGAUAGGCAGAUGCGUGUGGCCUUGCUGGAUCACCUCCCGCUCAUGGUAGAUCGCAUACCACAGAAGGAUAUCAACAGCAAGAUAUGGCCCGCCAUGACGACUGGCUUCACAGACACGGCCCCCGUCAUUCGAGAACAGACCGUCAAGUCAGUGCUUACUAUUAUCCCGAAGCUUUCGGACCGGACGAUCAACGGCGAACUGCUUCGGUUCCUUGCUAAGACAGCGAACGAUGAGCAACCUGGCAUUAGAACAAAUACCACAAUCUGCCUUGGCAAGAUUGCUAGAAACCUUGGGACGGCUUCAAGAGCGAAGGUCUUGAUUGCAGCAUUCACCCGCUCCUUGCGGGACCCGUUCGUGCACGGUCGAAGUGCAGCCUUGAUGGCGUUGAAUGCGACAACAGAUGUCUUCAGUGAGGACGACUGUGCGACCAAAAUUCUGCCCGUACUCUGCCUCUCGCUUGUAGACAAAGAGAAAGUUGUCCGAGAGCAGGCGAACAAGACCUUCGACACCUUCCUAGCACGAGUGAGGAAACAUGCCGCGACACUACCCGAUACUGUACUGCCACCAGAGGCAUCUGGCAACACGGCCGCUGCUCCGGCAAGAAUAGGAAAUCAAAAUGACACCUCAUGGGCUGGUUGGGCUAUCUCAUCUUUCACCAACAAGAUGACUGCAGCAAAAGGGGAGAUGGAUAGCACAUCCGCGAACGGAGCUGUUCCUCAAGCACAGUCGCUGCCUCCAUCUGGUCGUGCCACGCCUUUGAUUCAGGUAAACCGACCUGCGUCAACUGCUCCGCCAACCUCCAAGCCAGCGGUUGCUGUAACUGCGAGUGACGUGGCUGACUUUGACGAUGCCGACGAUGCCAUGGACGCUUGGGGUGAGAUGGACGACGAGGAAGACAACUUUUUCGAGGCUCCCUCCAAGACCAAGACAACCACCCCAGCUCCCACCAGUGCUUUUGAUGAUGGUGGAGAACCCGACUUUGCAGGAUGGCUUGCGGCGCAGUCAAAGGCAAAAACAGCUAAAGCAGCCCCAAAAGGACUAUCAAAGCCGGCUACUGCAACUUCCUCCAAGCUAGGCGUGCGCCCUGGUCCAGCGAGGAACGGCGCAGCUGGGCUUACUACUCAAAAAGCUGCUAGCACUUCUGCAAUUCCGAAGACAUCUACCGUCAAGAAAGAACUCCCAAAGCCCAAAGGACCUGAUCCGGCAGAAGACGAUGAAUGGGGUGCGGCUUGGGACUAA